CGUCAUCACUGCGCGCCUCGAACAAAUCGCUACGGCUGGCGCGUAAACACAGAUGUGAGGCAUGGAUCAGAGUGGUCUCAACCUCGUCAAGGUGCAUGGAGGCGGUGGUUAUGACUCGGAUUUCAGUGAUGAUGAGGGUGGAGGAGCCUCAUCACAACAUGGAGGGAAGAGGGCACGAGAAGAUGAGCUGCUGCAGAAGCCAUUCCAGAGAGGGAAACACACCAAGGUCGCUCACAGAAAAGUGGCUACGGAUGAAUGGGACAGGGAGGAGGCCAGAAAUCGGCGCCACCAUCUCAUAUCAAUGAAUGCUUUUGACAGGCAUAAGAAGUUUGUCAGCGACUACAUACUGUACUAUGGAGGAAAGCUGGAGGACUUCAAAAGAUCCACGGCAAAAGACAAGACAGAUCUGGACGUGGUGAAAGAAAAUCACCGCUUCCUCUGGAGAGACGAGGAUGAGGAAGAUAUGACGUGGGAGAAAGAGCUCGCAAAGAAGUACUAUGACAAGCUCUUCAAGGAGUACUGUAUUGCUGACCUCAGCAGAUACAAAGAAAACAAGUUUGGAUUCAGAUGGCGCAUUGAAAAUGAAGUAAUAUCCGGAAAAGGCCAGUUUCUGUGUGGGAAUAAGCGCUGUGAGAAGAAGGAGGGCUUGAAGAGCUGGGAAGUGAAUUUUGCUUAUGUGGAACAGGGCGAGAAGAGGAACGCUCUGGUGAAACUGCGUCUCUGUCCAGAAUGUUCCUUCAAACUGAACUACCAUCACAAGAGGAAAGAGGUCAAGGUUAAGAAGAAACACAGACCAAAAGAGAAUAGUGAUGAGCCACAGGCCAUGAAGUCCAAGCACAAGUCCAAACACAAACGCAAAGAGAAGCACAGUCACAAAAAGAGGCGAAAAGAUCACUCUUCCUCAAGUUCUGAGGAUUCCCGUGACUCGGAGAAAGACAUGGAAAGUGAAGAAGAGGAUGAAGGCCCAUCAGAGUCGGAGUACUGGAAAGGUCCAGCCCCUGCUCUGGAGGAGAAAUCACGGGAAGAGGAGUUUGAUGAAUACUUUGAGGGCAUGUUUCUGUGAGCCGGGGACUCGCCCGAACAUUCAGAAGAUCAUUCCCGUAAUGUUUAUGUACAGAGUGAAUAAAAUGCUCACUGCUUUGUUUGACAGCCACUGUUCUCAUGUAGUUUAAACAGUUUAAGUUUACAAUGUUCAAGGAACAUGUCCAUUAAUGUAAACUGAUGUAAGCAGCUGUGCAUGGUUCUACUUCAAGGUUCUCCAUCAUAGAGGGAAUGUCAGAUGUCAGACUGCACAGCUGGGGAGUGAAAUAGUGUUGUCUGUUGCCAGAGAUUUAAUAACUCUGUGUUAAACAAUUAUGUGUCCUGUAUGAUAAAUAUGCGACUAAUAUCAUAUGUUGAAUGUUCUGAGUUUUAUUUUAUUUUAAUAAUUGGUAGCAGGCUGUUGAAACAUAGUAAAAGGAUGAAUUUGGGCCAUCUAUUAUACAAGAAUGCAGUAUAUCAAAUACUUCUCUUACAGGCUGAACAGUGAAGAACAUUGUGUUUCCAUAGGCCAUAACCCUGACUUGUGCUCACGCACACAUGAAAGUGAAUAUUCUGCCUACUUUAUAAGCAGAAUGUCUAGACACCAAACAAAGUACAUUUAAAGCUCUUUGCACUAUAAUGAUUUGUGAUUUGAACAGCAAGUCUGACCUUUAGGGUAAGAAAGUUCCAGGGUUUGAGUGAAACAAGCUGCUACUAGUCUCGGCCACCAGCCACCUGAGCCUCUUUACUGUGAGAUGAUCCAGCUUUACUAGAUAAUCCCUGAGACGAUAGAGAUGUCUUGGUACCUCCCUAGUCCUCCCAGUUCUCCAUGUGUCCUCUAAAGAACCUGACAAAAAUACCUAAGUGUAUGUUUGAAAAGACCAGUAGAAAGAGUGUCAUAAGUGCCAGAGAGUGGCUUUUAAGGACACUGGAGAUCUUUGAACCAUAAAUUCACUUGUUUAUUGACAGUAUGUUUAUUGGAUUAAAGGUCUAUAUUGAUUUACCA